CCUCUGGGGUCUACCCCUCUUUACUCCCCCUUAUCUAUACUCUCCUUCUGCUUAGCCCCCGAAGCAGGAGAUCUAAUCCACCUAGAAAACAUCCCUGCAGCCCACCCAGGACCUUGGAGGAUUAACGGCCACCAUGGAAUUUUAACACCCAAGCCUACUGCCCCACUCUUGCCUCCCCCUUCCAAACUCUCUGCUCCCUGGCUUCAAAGCAUCAUAUCCUUCUAGGCAGGGAACAUUAAUUUCUACUGAUCUAUCCCCGCCCUGCCAUGCAGUAUUCUUCUUAUUUGUACACCUAGCAACCUAGAUGCCUUGCUGAGAUCAGGGCCCUGUCGCGCCGGGCGCUGCGCAGACCCCAACCGAGAUCAGGGCCCCGUCGCGCCGGGCGCUGCGCAGACCCCAACUGAGAUCAGGGCCCCGUCGCGCCGGGUGCUGCGCAGACCCCAAUCGAGAUCAGGGCCCCGUCGCGCCGGGUGUUGCCCAGACCCUGACCGAGAUCAGGGCCCCGUCACGCCGGGCACCGCGCACACCCCGACCGAGAUCAGGGCCACGUCGCGCUGGGCACUGCGCACACCCCGACCGAGAUCAGGGCCCCGUCGUGCCGGGCGCUUCACAGACACAGAGCCAGGGUCAGUUCCUGCCUUGAAGGGUUCCCAGUCUAACCAGCCGAAGGAAGGCCGAUUAUCCCAUUUUACAGAUGGGGAGACAGAGGCCCAGGGAGCUGCAGUGACUCACCCCAGGUCACACAGUGAGUCACAGCUCAGGCCACCCUUCCUCUGCCAUGCCGCCCUCUGUCUAGCGGCUUACACGCCAGCCGUUCUACCCAGCGCCCAUCCACCCGUCUACCCACCGUACCAACCCACCUGUCUACCGAAUCUACAUUCCAAAGCACACGUUGGCCCAGGAGCGAGGUGCCAGGCAGAUCCGUUCCUGGGCAUAUUUCUCACCCCCCCCCCUUUUUUUUUACAUCGCUCUGCAGUUUCGGGGGCUUUUUGUACCUGCCCCUUCCCAGGCACGUAACGAACCAGCGCAGUGGCACCAGAAUCGUUUCCCGUUUGUGGGAAUCCGUGUCUGCGUGCGUGUAUAUGCAGAGCGGGGAGGGGGAAGAAGAGGACCCCUGUUUGGGAAGGUUUCCCAGAGUCAUUAUGGGAUGGCUCAGAAAACCAGAACGGGUGAAAGCGCUAAAGGGACCAAAGCUGGAGUCUGGGCCUUUAAUUGGGAACGUUCCCUGGUGCUUCCCCCGUCGGCCUGCACCUGUUGUCUUUGUCGCGUACGCAGAUGGCGAGGGCCUUGGGCCAGGCGCUGUGUGAGUUCGCAGCGGGGGCCUGGUCCGUGAGGGGGGCGCCUCGGCACUACCGUAAUACACCGACGAGCCAUAAAAAUAUACAGGGCCUAACACAAUGGGGUCGUGGCCCGUGGCUGAGGCGCUACCGUAAUACACAUAAUACAUAAUAAGUCUCGCAGGGUCUGGUUGGGCUCUUGCUUACCCAGGGUUUAAAUCAGGAGUUGCUCCCGGUGUCUACACGGGGCUGAAACUGCAGCACCGCAGAGGAGGGUCAGGGCCUCGCUAUUGAAAGACACCGGACUGACGGGUUUAAAAACCCAGCCCCCGAAGGAGAAAAGCCGGUGCCCAGCAGGGAACAAAGGGACGAUGGUGCGUGGGGCCGUGCUGGUGUUCCUGUGGCUAGCCGGAGCGGAGAUGCUCCGGGAGGAGCAGGUGGAGCAAAACAGGUUUUGCAGCUGGAAGUGCAUGAAGUUUGUCCAGAUGUGGCCGGGAUCGUUCUGCGUGGCUCUAGGGCCGAGGUUCGACUGCGUCGUCCCCGAGUCUGCCGACAGCUGGACCAUCCACGGGCUCUGGCCCAGCAACGUCAUGAACUGCUGCACCUGCUGGCAUCUCUUCCCCUCUGACCUGAUGGAUCUGCCCAAGCAGCUGGCCGAGCACUGGCCCACCUUCCUCAAUGCCAGCAGCUUCAACUUCUGGAAGGAAGAGUGGCAGAAGCACGGGACCUGUGCUGGGUGCAUGGAGGCCUUGAGCUCCCCCAGCAAGUACUUCGGGGCGGCCCUUGCCCUGCGCACCAUGUACAACAUUGACGGAGCGUUCCAGAGAGCUGGGAUCCUCCCGUCCUGCAAUCACAGCUACCAGCUCCACACCCUCCAGGAGGCUUUGGUGCCCGUCCUGGGGAAGGAGCAUGUGCUGCAGUGUGUGACCGACGGCCAGGCCCGCCAGGUCCUGGUGCAGCUCAAGGUCUCGCUCUUCAGCAACUUCUCUGCCGGGUGCCUGGAGGAGGGAGCCCGGGAUUUCUCCCCCUACCGGCCCUGCGAAAACCAGAGACGCAUCUUCUACUUCCCUCCGAACCAGAAGACCCCACGGGACCCCUGCCCCUGACUGGGGUUGGGGGUAGGGGUGGGGCAGGAGCGUCUCGUGGCUCAGCAGCAGAGAGCCCCAGGGAAGGCUGGAAAUCAGGGGCCCCAUCACCAGAAUAAAGUGCUCGGGAAGGAU